AUGGACGACCACGGCGACUUUGACAGUGUUUCGUGGCAACGAGAGGAUGCACAACAGGCCGAGUCAUCCGCGCCUUUCCAAGCCGACCUGCCCAGCCGACCUGGCACUGGCCGGAGAAGCGACAGCAUAUCCCGAGAGCCGCAGGCAGGUGAGCAUGCCGAUAACGUUGAUUUGGCGGGCAUAGGCCGGGAUGGUAUCCUGGAAGUCAUAGUGGACAGCCCACUGAAGGAGAAUGAUGGUACAAAGGACGCAUAUGUGUCAUAUUUGGUUACUACUCAUACGGAUUUCAAGACGUUCCAGAAGACCGAUUUCUCUGUGAGACGACGCUUCACAGACUUUGUGUUCCUUCGGCAGACUUUACAUCGAGAUUACCCGGCAUGUGCCGUACCUCCACUGCCCGAGAAGAACAACAUGGCAUAUGUGAGAGGGGAUCGGUUCAGCACAGAGUUCACUCAACGCCGGGCGUGGUCAUUACAUCGAUUUUUGAAGCGCUGUACUCUACAUCCAGUUCUACGCAGGGCCCCGAUACUUUUAUUGUUUCUGGAAACCGCCGAUUGGAACUCGCAGAUGCGCAUGAGACCUCCGAGAGGUACCGUCACCGGGGAAAGCGGCGCCAAUGCAGCCGCUCCGUCAGGUUUCUUCGAUAAUGUCGCAGAUACAAUGCUCAAUGCCUUCUCCAAGGUUCACAAGCCCGAUAAGAGGUUUAUAGAAGUCACGGAAAGGGCGAACAAGCUCGACGAGGAUCUUUCGCAUGUGGAAAAAAUCGUGGCUAGGGUGGUUCGGAGGGAGGGCGACCUGGAGUUUGAUUAUGCCGAUUUGGCAACCAACAUGCGGAGACUUACUCCUCUAGAGCCCACCAUUGAGGCCCCAGUACAGACCUUCGCUGGCUGUGUGGAAGAGACGUCCAAGGGCUGGAAAGCUAUCAAGGACCACACUGACCAGAACUAUCUGGGAAGUCUGCGGGACAUGGAAGCUUACAUCAACUCUGUGAAAUCAUUACUGAAGACCCGGGAGCAAAAGCAACUCGACUUUGAGGGCCUCACUGAGUACUUGCAGAAAGCGACAUCCGAGCGCGACAUACUCGCAUCAAACAAUCCAUAUUCCCAGGGCUCAAAUCUCAAUCCUGCCACCUUCAUCCGACAUAAAGUGGAGGACAUGAGAGGCGUUGAUCACGAAGCGGCGAGAAAAGACCGAGCGCGGAAACUGGAACUCAAGAUUGCCGAGCUGAACCGCGAAGUCGAGAGUGCCAAAUCGACCAGUGAAAUGUUUGAUGAGCAAGUUGUUCGGGAAGUGGCGGAUUUCGAGAGGAUAAAGGGCCAGGAAUUCAGAGAUACCCUCGGCGCGUUAGCGACACAACACAUGGAUUUCUAUCAGAAUGUCAUAUCGACAUGGGAACGAUUCUUGGUCGACAUGGAUGCGGACAAGCAUGUGCACAAGGAUAAGGGCAGGGCGGCGUCUUGA